UGAGUCCGUGUCCAAACAGGCUUAAAUAAACGAAAUGGAACGCUGUCAACAGAACGUGAAGUUCCGUUUCCUCUGCAUCGUAUUUUGCUAAGUCGGCCGGAUGGAGAAGCUGAAAUCCUUGGUUCCGGAUGCCCUUAAGCGAAUGAUUGCAGAAAGCACCCCCGAUGAUCUUCCUUCAACUUGUCAUUCUCUUCUAGAAUUCUUUCUUCAUAUGCAGCAGUUUCAAAUGAUCGUUGGAGACCUGGCGCAUUCGGAAACUGCUCUAUGUUGUAAGAAUAGAGACGCAGCACUGGAAUCGAAGCGGAAGGGCAAUGAAUGUUUUUCGAGCGGAGAUUACAUGAAAGCUUUGAGUUUAUACUCCCAGGCACUACGUGUUGCUCCUACCGAUGCAGAUGAUGUGGGCAAAAAUCUGGUUGUAACACUGUUUGUGAACCGUGCAUCCGUAUUACAUAAAAUGGGUUUUCUGGUGGAGUGUCUACGAGACUGCAAUCGAGCACUUCUAAUUUCUCCAAACUAUGCAAAGGCAUGGUAUAGGAGAGGUAAAGCAAAUGCUUCUCUGAAUGGUUAUGAAGAUGCAGUUCGUGACUUGAAUGUUGCUAUGCAUUUGGAAGAGUCUUUGGGCGGAAGAAGUCAGAUUGAAAGGGAGCUAAAGUUAAUUUUGGACCAAUAUAAGGGGAAUAAUUCAGUGGAUCAACAUGAUCAAAAUGACUUAGGUACCUUAGAGGAGCAGCUCCAGAUAAAAUUACAGUGUGUCUCUACACCAACUAAAGGACGGGGAAUGGCUUCACUGAGUGAAAUUUCUCAAUCUUACUUGGUUCAUACUGAAGAACCUUAUGCUGCGAUCAUAUUGAAGCAUUGUCGGGAUACACAUUGUCAUUUCUGCUUUAAUGAAUUGCCAGUAGAUUCAGUCCCUUGUACAUCAUGUUCAAUACCACUGUACUGCUCUCAGCAUUGUCAAAUGCAAGCUGGAGGGCAAGAGUUGAGGAAUAAUUCUAAGAAUCAUGGUAUUUGCACAAAUCUAUCUAGUGAUCUUGAAAAAUAUGUUGCGGGGAUUACUUUACCCAAAGAUUCUGAUUCAAACAUUGAGUGGAUUGUCGAACAUAAACAUGAAUGUAAAGGUGUAAACUGGCCUGCAGUAUUGCCUCCUGAGAUUGUUUUGGCUGGUCGAGUUAUGGUGAAGUCUGUAGAGCAAAAAAAACAUUCUUGCAAUGCUUCUAACCUCAUGGACACUUUGGAGCUUUCUCACAGUUAUAAAACAAUGGCUCCAGAAAGCAAAUUGGAUUUGCAUAUAUAUUCCAUUGUAUUGCUGUAUUGUCUUCAACAUUCUCAUGGCUUUGAACUUCCAUUAAAUGGAAUUUCUAUAUCACAGCUCAUUAUACUUAUAUCUCAAAUCAAGGUGAAUUCUAUUGCAAUUGUCCGCAUGAAAUUCAUGGAUGGUUAUAGUCCACUAGAUCAAUCAGUGAACUUUUCACCUGCUGGAGGGGCUUUCACCAGCAACAUGGAACAGGUCAGAGUGGGGCAAGCUAUUUAUUCAGUUGCCAGUUUGUUUAAUCAUUCUUGCCAGCCAAACAUCCAUGCAUAUUUCCUCUCACGUACUCUCUUUCUACGAGCAACAGAACAUGUGGCAGUAGGGUGUCCCCUAGAGUUAUCUUAUGGUCCACAGGUUGGGCAGUGGGAUUGCAAAGACCGCCAGAAGUUUCUCAAAGAUGAGUACUCAUUUAGAUGUGAAUGCAGUGGUUGUUCAGAGCUAAAUGUAUCUGACCUUGUUCUAAAUGCAUUCCGGUGUGUAAAUCCAGAUUGUUUCGGUACAGUCUUAGAUAGCUGCGUGAUCAAGUAUGAAAACGAAAAAUUUGAGCGCUUCCAAGGUGUUCCUCAAGAUUGCAUCUCAGAACCUCAUUUGCAGUUAAAAAAUGAUGGCAUAAGAGAAGUGGCACACCAAGCAUUUGCCAAUUCCUCCUUUCAUGCUGCACCUGGAUAUUGUUUACAUUGUGGUGCUUAUCGUGAUCUAGAAGCCUCACAUGCAACAGUCAGGGAAGCUGGAAUUUAUAUCAGUAGGCUGCAGGAAGCAAUAGUUUCAAAAGAAGUUCCAGCUACCACAUUUUCAGAUGCUUUGAGAUCUCUUGAUCUACUGAAAUCAACGUUGCAUGCAUAUAACAAAGGCAUUGCAGAAGCAGAGGACUGGAUUGCACAGGCAUUUUGUAUGAUUGGAGAAUUACAACCUGCAAUGUACCAUUGUAAAGCAUCAAUUGAGAUCCUUGAAAAGCUCUAUGGUUCAAAUCACAUUGUCAUUGGAUAUGAAUUGAUGAAGCUUUCGUCCAUUCAGCUAAGCUUGGGUGAUACUGCUGCAAUGAAGAGCAUAAGCCGGCUGGCUGCAAUAUUUUCGUGGUAUUAUGGCCCUCAUGCAGACAUGAUGUUUCCAUACCUGGGAAGCCUUCAAAGAGAAACUUGCAAACUUGUUCUAUGAGGAAUCUUUUAUGCUAUUUCUGAAGUGGGCAAUUCCUAGUUGAGGCCCAAGGUUGGUAUUUAAGUAGAAAGCAGCAAGAGGGAGAUGAUAAACAGCAAUGAACCUAGGAUUUUAUUGUCUCUGGUAUGUACAAGUUUUUGCAGUUUCAGGUUGUACAGAUGUAACUUAGAACAAAAUCAUAGCAUCAGCAUUGAUCAAUUUGUGUUGAUUUAAUUACUAUACUGAAAACCUGAUAACUGCCAUGCACCCCAAUAGGUUCUUUUCUGGCAUGACAUUGGUGCUAGAAGAGAUCAAUGAAAGUUAGGUUUCAAAACUUGGUGCCAGAGGUCAUUGGAACCUGAGCUUUGUUAGGAGAUGCAAAACUGGGAAUUAGAGGGAGAGCUCAUGGAACAGAUGUAUAUCAGUCAAAGCAGGGUUCCUGUUAAAUCUGUGUUAGCCCAUGGAUGAUGAGGUAAGAGUUGACUUUCUGGAAAAAAGAAAAAAGAAAAAAAUUAUGUUGUAACAAGAGUGCCAUGGCGUAUGUGGACAGUGGCUUGGAAAAGGGCUUUAACCAUUGGAAAAUUUAUCCGAUGUAGGGUGAUGAGUCGGGUGCCUCCAUACUAUGAGGCAGCUAUCAGUUGGUUCAAUAGGAGGUGCUGGAGGACAUGAUUCUUUACUUGCAUGGUGCAUUUGGAAGGAUUUAACGAGUCAUUUGCUCUGCAAUGAAAAAACAGCACAUAUCAUAUUUUCAAUUGUUGCUUAAAAGUGUAUUGUUUUCUCAUUGCAGAGCAUUUAUGUGGUAAUACAAGUGAGCUCAAUAUAUGAUCCAAAGGAAUCCAAAGAUAGAUCGAGUUAUAAUCACACAAGAUAGUCAUUCGUUAACAAUGUACUAAAUAAAUUAUGAAUUAUGAAUUCUUUGUUGUUUUACAUCCUGAGGGCAUGCCUUGCUCUCUAGCUUGGGGUUACAGGGAACAAUCCAAAUGUUCAGUAGGAUGAAGUCUUGUUAUUAAUAAGAAGAUUCUUCCUUUGCCCAAACUUCCCCUCUGUAAUGCCGUGGGGAGUAAAGUUGUUUACAAGUCUUACAGUUUUGAAUUCUCCUUUGAAUUAAUGAAGCUUCGUCUCAUUUGGUUUACUGCCCCUAAACGCUGAAAGAGAGAAGAAUGACCUUGUUGCUGGAACAGAAACAUGAUAGAGAAUAUCAGAAUCCAUUGAUGACCAUUAAAUGCAUGGAUUAGAAGAAAGAAAAGAAUUUACUCUAGGGAUGUGCAUAAGAAACACAGUAAAAUAAAAA